UUGGCAGAGAACUCGCCCAGAGCCCGUAAGGAAGGCGGGGCGAGGGCCUGCCGUCCUGCUCCGCCUAGCCGGGGAGCGCUAGCGGCUGCCCGGACCCAGUCCCUGGCUGGGCAGAGGCCUGCAACGGAAUCCGCCGCCGGUUAGCGGAAGCAACCCGGGUUCAUGUGGCGGGUCGCUGCUCGCUUUCUGUGCCGGACAAGCUCCCAUGCCUGGCAUCAGCAGCUGCCCAGGCCCAGCACCACGCCUGCAGCCCCACAGCGCCACAGACCUGCAGGAAGCCCCAGGAUGGCAUCUGCCUGCAGCCUCUCCUCCAUGGGCCCUGUCAUCUGCCUCUCGCCUGCCGCCCGCAGCCUCUUCGAUGAGCCGCUGGCCAUCGCCGUGAGAGGCCUCGGCCCGCGGCAGCAGGUCACGCUGCGGACGUCCUUGCGGGACGAGAGGGACGAGCUCUUCCAGGCCCGUGCCCACUACCAGGCUGGGGACGAUGGGACGCUGGACCUCUCCCACUGCCCUGCGCUGCCGGGAGGCAGCUUCUCUGGCCUGGAGCCUAUGGGGCUGCUCUGGGCUUUGCAGCCCCAGAAGCCGUUCAGGCGGCUGGUGAAGCGAAAUGUGCAGAGCCCCUUCCUCCUGCAGCUGGAGGUGUUCGAGGGCCACGGGGAUCCCCCCGGGCGGCUGCUGGCCGAGGCACAACACGAGAGGGCGUUCCUACGGGAUGGGGUGCGGAGAGUCCCGGUGCGAGAGGGGCGGAUCCGGGCGACGCUUUUCUUGCCUCCCGGAACUGGUCCCUUUCCAGGAAUUAUUGACUUAUAUGGAACUGGAGGAGGACUCCCAGAAUACAGGGCUUGCUUGCUGGCAAACUAUGGUUUUGCCGUGCUGGCUCUGGCUUACUACAGCUAUGAAGAUCUCCCCAAAGAGAUGAAGGAAUUCCAUCUGGAAUAUUUUGAAGAAGCUGUAAACUAUAUGUUACAACACACACAGGUUAAAGGUCCUGGGAUUGGCUUGCUUGGAAUCUCAAAGGGAGGUGACCUUUGUGUGUCUAUGGCAUCCUUCCUAAAAGGCAUCACAGCCACUGCCCUUAUCAACAGCUCAGUGGCAAAUGUGGGUGCAGUGCUUCGCUACAAGGACAUCACCAUUCCACCCCUUGGUUUCAAUAUAAAACGCACCAAAGUGAGCAAGUCUGGGAUUGCUGAUAUUACUGAUGUAUUGAACAACCCCCUGGAAGGGCCUGACCGCCAAAGCUUUAUCCCUUUGGAAAAGGCUGAGUGUCACUUCUUGUUCAUUGUUGGCCAGGAUGAUCGCAACUGGAAAAGUGAAUUCUUUGCGAUUGAGGGAAGCAAACAUUUGCAAGCUCAUGGGAAGGAAAAGCCUGAGAUAAUCUGUUAUCCUGGAGCAGGGCACUACAUUGAACCCCCAUUUUUCCCAAUGUGUGCAGCCUCAAUGCACCUGCUAGUUGGCAAAUUUGUGAUGUGGGGAGGGGAGCCCAAGGCACACUGCGAGGCACAGAUAGAUGCUUGGCAGCAGAUCCAAGCUUUCUUCCACAAACACCUCACGGGCAAGCCGUCUGGAAUAUCCAGUAAGCUAUGAUGUGAGAUGGGUCGCUUUAUAGAUGAAAAUACUGGUGUUUCAAGUUUGUUUUGUUAAAUGGCUCUGAACGAGAACAAAGAACAUCAGAGAAUAACCUUUCAGGUUUCCUGAAGGAUGACAGUGGGCAAGUGUAUGAGAUCUGCUUCCUUUUAACAUCCUCCUCUACCCUCAGAGUUUUGGUCUUGGUCUCCUGUUGUGUGUGGUAUAGGAUUACUAUCUAGAAAAAUUAUGAAUGCAAGGCUGUGUCUGCUUUGAAUGUGAAUAUAAGUGGAGGGUAAUUCAUUUAGGGUGAGAACUAGGAUCCAAAUUUGCUUUAGCUUUCUCAGAGGCAUUGCCCUCACCAGAGCCAGCUUUGUGCUCUCAUUUUUCUGGAAGCAGGUAUUUCUAUUGUCCUGCAUCCAGUAAUAUUUGUGUUCUUUCUAUGAAUUUCUCUCUCCAUAACUCCACCUUCCUCUUUUUCCACAUCACUGAAAAGCAUCUGCCUUAACACUUCAUAUCCAGUAAUUCAUUUACUAAAUCCAGCUAUGCUGUGCCUGCAUCCUCAGACAACACAUCUUUCAUUACAAACAACAGCAGCCCAGGGCACGACAUAACGUUCUGGGCACACGCAGUAGAAAUGAAGCAUUUCUGUGGUUCUGGAAAAUUUAGAAGCAUGAAGAAGCAACACGUCUGGACCCAUUGGUAGUUAUGCCUGGAAAUGUUUGUGGGCAUCUUCUCAGCAGGGAUGGAUAGUCCUGUGUAGGCCCACAGAAACUGUUGGAGGGCAGUUUCUCCUUGCCUGUGUAUUCAUAUUCUUAAUAUCUCUACAGCUGCCUGCUUGACAGUACUGCUGAAAAUAGCAGGGCGGCAAAGGUGACCUGCCGGCCCCUUGAGGCACCAAGUGCUGGGCAGUCAGGUUCGAAGGAGCUGCUACGGCACUCGGGGAGCAGAGGUCUCACUCACUGAGCCCUGCGGGCCUCAUUUCUGGGUCUAAGGGUCGGAGGCAGCAGGACCCACUCUCACCCCCCCUCGCAGGGACUGUCUAGUUUGGCGCACAGAGCUUGUAGACUGCGCUAUUGUCUGAAAAUUAAGACCUUAAUGACAGUGCCUUAUGAACCCAAGCUGCAUGGUAUAGCUGAAGUUGUUUAAUAUUAAUUCUAUGUCGUGUUUAUGUGUUCUGCACUGUUUUUUAAUGGAUUAAAACAGACGGUUAACCUCU